AUGUUUUUUUGUCCUCGUUGUGGUAAUAUGCUAUUUGUCGAACAAGGUGAUCGAUGCAAUCGAUUAGCAUGUAAUACAUGUCCAUAUAUAUGUGAUAUUGUAACUAAAAUAACCGAUCGACAAUAUACAAGUUUAAAAGCAGUUGAAGAUGUUCUUGGUGGUACAGCAUCAAUGGAAAAUGUUGAUAAAACAGAAAUAACAUGUCCAAAAUGUGCUUAUACAAAAGCAUAUUUUAUGCAAAUGCAAACACGUUCAGCUGAUGAACCUAUGACAGUAUUUUAUAAAUGUGUACAAUGUGGUCAUCGUUGGAAUGAUUAA